UAUUGAGCCACUUGUCAUUGUGAUUUAUUGGUUUCAACUUCACUCUCCUUUCAGUUCUGACUUUCAAGCCCUCCUUGCAGUUUUUCUGGUGUUUCUUGUCGAUAAGAAAACUAGCAGGAAGAGCGAGACCAGCAAAUAUGAGUCGUUUAUUGACUUUUCUCACUCACGUUCAUACAAUAUCUGGGCCAGUGUUGAUGUUGUUAUACCCCUUGUAUGCAUCAGUGGUUGCUAUAGAGAGUCCAUCGCGAGAGGAGGAUAAGCAGUGGCUUGCUUAUUGGAUCUUAUAUUCAUUUCUUACUCUUACAGAGAUACUGCUCCAAUCCCUUUUAGAGUGGAUUCCCAUAUGGUACUCUUUGAAACUUGUGUUGGCAGCAUGGUUGGUUCUGCCACCGUUCAAGGGGGCAGCUUUCGUUUAUGAAAGGUAUGUGAGAGAGCAUAUCACGAAAUUUAUAGGGGUACAAGAUCAUCAGUUUUCCCGUCCCGAGUCCCCCAUUGCCAGCGGUAGUGGUGGCAAAGGCAAGAAGAGGUCUGUUCGGUUCGCAACCCCCGAUUAAGGAGAACAUAAGGCUUACUGAAGAGGGGAGAAAAAAUAUUUAGAAGAGGAGGCAUUGAUAAGACAUAGUCGGCAUCAUUAACUCGUGUAGGGAUCUUAGCUUCUCUGCUCUCCCACUUUGGUGCUUGUAAAUCUUUAACCCAUCUACCAGUUUGAAUGUCGUGGCUUUCCUUUCAUAUGCUUAUGUUAAUUCGAUAUGUUGAAAAUGUAUGGUGUUUGAUGGUAAUAUUUGUCCCCUUGACGA